AACAGCGUUGCUUUUUAUAAAAAAGUUUAAUCGUCGCUUAUGAGCUCUAUUAUGAUGUCGUUCUCCAAGCGUCCUCGCUAAAUUGCCCCCAAUUUUCUAUGUUGCGACCCUUUGCGUGACAGUGAAGGCAGCAAACACUGUUCGUUAUGUCAUUUAUCAACCAUGGCUGCACCCAUCGCUCUUAUUCAAGGUGCGAGCAGAGGACUGGGCUUUGAAUUCUGCAGACAUAUACUUAAAAAUAAAUCACUUGCUACUGUUGUAGCAACAUGUCGAAACCCGGACGGAGCUGCAAAGUUACGGAGCCUGGCCGGCCAACACCCGGGCCGACUGACGGUCCUCAGACUGGACGUGAACCACGAGGAGGACAUCCGCGGAGCUGCAGAGAGGGUUAAGGAGAGCUUCGGUCGGCUGGAUCUAGUCGUCAACUCCUCGGCAAUGCUUCACCCUUCGGGGAAAGGAGAGACCAGCUUGAGGGAUGUUUCUGCACAGGGUAUCAUUUCCACCUUAACGACCAAUACAGUGGGUCCCCUGGUCAUGGCCAAGUAUUUCUCCCCCCUCCUUCUUAAGGGCAGCGGUGGAUUUGGUCAGCAGCCUGCAGAGAAAGCCAAACAGCACAGCGGGAUCAUUGUUAACAUCACAGCGAAAGUGGGAUCAAUUGGAGACAAUGGUCUUGGAGGUUGGUACAGCUACAGAAUGUCUAAAGCAGCUCUCAACAUGGCCACUAGGAAUUUGUCUAUAGAGCUGGGCCGCAGUCGACCCAAGGUUGUUUGUGUGUCCCUACAUCCAGGAACAGUGAACACAGAGCUCUCCAGGCCUUAUCACCAGAAUGUGCCAAAAGACAAGUUGUUCAGCACUGAACACUCUGUGAACUGUCUAAUGAGCAUCGUUGACACACUAAAUAUAGAAAAGACUGGAAAAGCGUACAGCUGGGAUGGAACUGAACUUCCGUGGUAGAAUUUCUAAGAGAUGAAUUUCACCACUUCUGGUCUUAAUGGUGAAUUUCUGAGCAGUGUUGAGACAAUGUGGAGAUGAGCUGGACUUCAUGCUAUUGCCGUAUAAGACAUUCGUGCUCAAGUGACAGUUCAGAUGGUCAAUGAAAAACCUCUUUUACUACCUCAUAAUUAUCCAAAGUGCUUAAAUCAUCUGUAUCACAUACAGCUUUUGUGUGAAGCCAUUAUUGACAAUGUAUCUGGUUUUGAUAUUUCAUACAACUCUUAUGUAGUUUAGCACUGCUCAUUUUGAUGGUUAAAAAUCAUGUAAUAUCUCACUAAUCUUGACGUCUUUCCCCAAUUCAGUAAUAUCAACGGGUGGUUUGUAUUAAAGGUGUAUAAAUUA